ACUUAAAAUUUAGUGUAAAUUUACACAAAAUUACUUUUUUUUUUGCCAAAUCAUACACUUUUAACCAAACCGGCCAUAAUCCUUAACCAAACAACCAACCAACCAACCUUAAUUCUAUGUCCGGUGUAGCAUUUCUCGUUUGUUUUCAGUGUUUUCUCCUUUAAUCUCUCUUUCUCUCUCUCUCUCUUAGAGAGUACAAAGUUUGAGCACACCCAUUAUUCUUCUCACGAAUCUGACCCGUAUGAUCUUCCAAUUUUCUGAUCUGGUGUGCCUCUGAGUUUCUUUCUCAUACAAACUCAUGAAAAUUCUUGAUUCAUAUGUGGCCAACUACAGCACAAUCAUUACUUAUCUCCCUUGAUGUGAGGUCCGAGGUCCAGCAUAAAAUAAUUCUGAUUGUACGGAUCUGAUCAAAGGAAUCAUCUCCUUUCAUUCUUUGUUGAGUUUAUUCCUAGAUUCUCCUUUUCCUCAAUCUGAAAACAAAAAUGCUGGUAACAUUUUUGAUACUUUUUUUCCCUUCUUCCUAUUGUGUUUAGCCAGAAAAUUUGAUUCAUAAAAUCAGUAGCUUGUGUGUUUAUGUCUUAAUAUGAUUUCUCUUCGUAGAUUCAGUUUUUCAAACUCGAAUCUUGCUAGUAGGCUUAAUUAUGUAAACCCAUUUGGUCAAUACCUGUAUUUCUUCAAAAGAUACUUUGUAUCGUCCUGUAACUCAAAUUUGGUUAAUGGGAACAAGCUGCCUUACUUUUGUUUCAUGGCACCGAAGGGCCACAAGCCAUGUUCCGAAAUUUCUUCAAAUGGAUUGCAACGUGGAUUUGAGCAGCUUACCUUGUGUUCUUUUUACUCAACUAAGCCUAUAUGUAGGUCUUAUAGAAGGAGAGUUAGUAAGAGAUUGAAAGCUAGUAAUAAGCCCAUUCUUGAUGAAGCUCAGUUUCAAAGGGCACUGUCCCAACUUCUUCCUAGAUUUACAGCUGAAGAAUUGGCCAAUGUAAUGGCUCAGCAAGAUGAUCCUCUUGUGUGUUUGGAGUUGUUCAAUUGGGCCUCACAGCAACCGAGGUUCAAGCACGAUGCUUCCACUUAUCACAUUGCCGUAAAGAAGCUUGGUGCGGCUGAAAUGUAUGAGGAAAUGGAUGAUGUUGUCAACCAAGUGCUUGCUAUCUCUCAUAUGGGUACUGAGGCUCUUUUCAAUACCAUUAUUUAUUUUUUCACUGAAGCUAGGAAGUUGACUAGAGCUAUCAACAUAUAUAAGCACAUGAAGAACAGCAGGAACUUGGCUUGUCGACCUUCAAUUAGAACUUAUAAUACUCUUUUUGCUGCAUUUUUGAGUAGGGGAAACAAUUCUUACAUUAACCAUGUGUAUAUGGACACAGUUAGAGGCUUGUUUAGGCAAAUGGUGAAUGAUGGUAUUGAACCAGAUAUCUUCUCUUUAAAUUCCAUGGUUAAGGGUUAUGUCCUUUCACUUCAUGUCAACGAUGCUCUCAGAAUAUUCCACCAGAUGGGUGUGGUCUAUAACUGCGUUCCGAACUCAUUUACCUAUGAUUAUUUGAUACAUGGUUUAUGUGCUCAAGGCCGAACGAACAACGCCAUAGAGUUAUGCAAUCAAAUGAAGAGUAAAAGCUUUAUUCCUAGUGGUAAAUCUUACAACUCACUUGUGAAUGCUUUGGCUCUUAGUGGAGAUGUUGAAGAGGCCAUUAAGUAUCUGUGGGAGAUGAUUGAACAGAGGAGGCCAGUUGAUACUAUAACAUAUAGAACGGUGUUGGAUGAGGUAUGCAGAAGUGGCAGGAUUGAAGAUGCAAUGAAGCUAUUGAAGCAGUUCCAAGAGAAAGACCUUGUGGAUGGACAUUUGUAUAGGAAGCUUCUACAUGUGCUUGAAGAUGACUUUGGACAUUCAACUGACAAUAAUAAAUUCAGAUCUCCACUACCGGAUCAGGACUCCAGAAAGGGAGCAGCCAGCCAGCCUAGGGAAAUGGCCAAAGGGGUGUUUUGUUUGAUGCCCCAAAUGGUGGCUGCCUAUUAUUCUUUGGCAUCAGCUCUCGGCCCCGAGCUCUUUGCUCUUAGGUGGUGUUCUUUGAGGCGCUAUUUUCUCGAAGAAAAAGAACCAAAAUAAACGAGACCAAGUAAGCCUAUUAGGGAAAAAAAUCUGCAAACUUUGACAAAGAGCAAUUCUCUGAAUAGGCUGAUGUAGUGUUGUAGUUAUAUGCCUUUGUGGAACAGUUGCAUAAAGAGAGAAGUUAUUUCAGCAGACAUUUUGGUGAGAAUCAAUAUGAGAUGUAUUUAAAAUCCAAUCUACAAUGCCAAAGCCCCAUCACUAACAUUUAGCCCAUCUAUUCUAAUCCUUAUGGCUUUGGGCAAAAGGGUACCCAAAAAAGAGAUUUGGAUGGUUGUCAUUGUCAAUUGUCAUUCUCCUCCUACACUACACCUACCAAAUUUACAAUAGCUGCUCUGCUGCUAUGUUUGAUGCUAGUAUGGAUUUGAGACCCCUUUAUUUUCUUCUACUACUAAUCACACUCUCCAUUGAACUUCUUUUUACACUAGCAGCUCUAAUAAGCAUGCUUGCUUAACAUAACUUUCCAUUUUAAAAUAACUUAUGCAAAGCAUGGCCAUCCAAACAAUGUGAAGAUUGCCUACUCAUAUUGAUCUUCUUUAACCCAAAGCACAAGAUUUUGAAGAUUGCCUAUAUCACAAUAAUGAGGGAAAUCUGUCAACCUAAUAAUGUGAAAUAGUGAUUUCAGCACAAAAAAAGAAAAAAAAACAAUGUGAAAUAGUAAAAUUUGCAAAAUAAUUACUCUCAAUUUACUCUAUGUGACCAAUAAUAGUCCCACAGUGUAAAUCUAUAAGUGCAUAAUGUAAUUUUUGGUUGAAUACAUAAUUAUUUUGCUAAUAAAAUUUUUCAUAAAAUUAUUUUUACAAAAUCCUCCAAUUAUGACUUGGACCCAUGAAAAUCUCUUUUAAGAAAAUACAAAUAAUUUUUUCUUUCUUUCUGUGAGGUCCUUAAAACAAUGUCAAUAAUAUAUAUGUUUUCUUUAAAAAAUACUAACGAACACCAUAAAAUGUAGCAUUCUGUUAUUAGUGAAUUUUAAUAUUGGAUUUUACAUAUUUUGAUUUAACGAAUAAUAUAGAGAGCUAACUAAUUAUAAGGGGCUAAAUGUCCCAGGGCCAAGGAAGACCUUUAUCGACAAUUUUUUGAUAGGUUCUUGAUAGUUUAAGUAACAUAUAUUUAUAAUGUAUUAUCGAUUGAUUAUCAGCGGGUUAUCGAUAGGUUCUCAAUAAGAGUAAGAAUUUUAUUUUGUUGUUGUUAUGUUGGUUAUUGUUGCUUAAUUAUUGACAUAUUGUCGACAGGUUCUCGAUAGGAUCAAGAAUUAGUUUUUUAGUUGUCAUGUUUGGUGAUUGUCUGCUGAUUAUUGAUGGGUUCUCAAUAGGAUUUAGUAUUGCAUCUUUCGUUGUUACGUUUGCAUUUUAUUUUUAUUAUUAUUGUAUUAUUUAACUUUUGUUGAUAUCAUUGAUAAGUUGUAUUUUUCUCUCUAUUGUGUUUUUUCUGUUUCUUGAUAGGUUUUCGAUUGGUUGUCGAUAUGUUUUUGAUAGGAUUCUAACAUUUGUUAUGUUUUAUUUCUUCAACAGCAACUAAUUGUUUUGAGAGUGUUAUUUUCUCGCCUAGAUGAAGAAGCAUAUGUCAUGACAAUCACUUACAAUGAUUAUGAGGUAGUGAUUGAGAUGAGUGUAGAUGAGACACAUCCUUAAUAUGACGUCCAGGACCCUGUUAUUAUCGAAAGUCAUGCUAAAAAAGCAGGAUAACAAAUUAAAAUAAUAACAUCCUUGUAUUAAAAAUAUUUUGUAUAAUUUUAUACAUUUAGAGACAAUUAGUGUAACUUUUUCUUGUUAUCAAAGCUAAAUUUUAAAAAUUACAAUAACAACAUCUGGACCCUCCAUAUAAAAU